CCUCUGGGAUUUCAAACUUCAUUGCAUUCAGAGGUCAGUGUAUGUGAUAGAGAAAGAGAGAGAGAGAGAAAGAGAGGCCGGCGAGGGACAAAGCAGGAAUUACAGGGAGUUUGCACAGGGAUCUGAGCAGUGAACAGCAGCAAAAGGGAUCACCAAGGAUCCAUGAAGAUUCCCACUUGAUCCCAGCGCUGGGAGAAUGGAACAAGUUCAGGGAUCUCAGGGCAAGGAGAUCAGACACAAGGGUAACAGACUGAAGAAAGCGCACGGUCAGCUCCGGCUGUCAGAUCCCAUCCAGAGCUUUGCGUUAUUCUUGGAAAAUUGUGCUCCAGCAGUGAAUUCAUUGAACCUCGGCAUUACCAGUCCACUUCUAUUAGGCUCAGCAAAUUUACAGCUCGCCCAGAUAAAGGCCCAGCUGGCCCUUCAGCAGCUGAAUUCGGUCGCCUCCACAACAGUAUCCAACACUGCUCUUGCAUCGUUGAACCAAGCUCUAGUGAAGAUCAGCAUGUUCAAUGCCAGAGGGGCAUUUGGCCAGAGUCAAGGCCCGCCAAACCAGUUUGGGCAGAGUCAAGGCCCGCCAAACCAGUUUGGGCAGAGUCAAGGCCCGCCAAACCAGUUUGGGCAGAGUCAGGGCCCGCCAAACCAGUUUGGGCAGAGUCAGGGCCCACCAAACCAGUUUGGGCAAAGUCAUGGCCCACCAAACCAGUUUGGGCAGAGUCAUGGCCCGCUUAACCAGUUUGGGCAAAACCAGGGCCCGCUUAACCAGUUUGGGCAGAACCAGGGCCCACCAAACCAGUUUGGCCAGAAUCAAGGACCACCAAAUCAGUUUGGCCAGAAUCAAGGACCAUCUAGCCAGUUUGGUAUGAAUACCCCAGGACCAUACAUGGGGGGAGGAGGAGGAGGAGGAGGAGGAGGAAGAGGAAUGGGAAUGGGACCUCAAGGAUCAUCACAAGGCAGCUUUGGAAUGAAUAUGGGAAUGAUGAAUCAACCUGGAAAUAAUGUAGGCUUAGGUCAGUGGUCCUCCUAUCAGAGUGCUUCAUCUGGAGGUUUUCGAUCUGGGUAUGGGAGCACUGGAACACCUGCGUCUCAAAGUGGAGACCAGAGAUCUGCUGUUCAACGGUUUCAUGACACAAUGAAAGCUUCAAAUAUAUUAGCAAACUUUGGCCUGUCAAAUGAAGAUCUGGAAGAGCUAAGUCGUUACCCAGAUGAGAAGCUUACACCAGAAAAUAUGCCCUACAUUUUAAGAGAAAUAAGAAUGCGGAAAAUGAACAAGCAGCAACCAUCCAGUAGUUACGAUCAACCAUACAAGCUACAAGAUAAAGACUACAGGAGAGAAGUACAGAGCAGUGUCGUAGAUUAUGGGCAUGGCCAACAGUAUGAUUACCGAGAUAGGCCCAUGGAGAGCCAGAGCAUGCAUUACAGUCGUGAGGCACUAAGAGAAGGAAACUGGAAUGAAGAUUAUAAAUGUCCCCCCCAGAAUUAUCCAAUGGAACCGUCGCGAGAUGACAGUACUCAUGGAAUCAAGCGAACAGUUCUAGUGGUGAAGAAGGGAUUACCAAAACCGAAGUUGAUGAAUGAUUACUAUGGUGUCCCUGCACUGAGGUUCCCCCACGUGUGCAGUUUGUGUAACAUAGAAUGUAGACAAAUGAGGGAUUGGGAUCGUCACACCAAAACAUCUGUCCACAAGGACAGCUGCAGGCUUUUGCUCAAAGAGUAUCCAGAUUGGGACCCAGAUGCUGUUGCUGCAACAAAAGAUGAUGCCGCGAAGAAAGAGAAAGAAGCGGCAGUCGCAGAGCAGUCUUCAGCAUCUUUCAGCUCAACACGGAUGAGUCCAAAACGUCUUAGCCCCCGUCGCAUGAGCCCACCCAGGUCCAGUCCCAGGCGUUUAAGCCCACGCAGGGGUAGCCCUAGGCAUCCCAGCCCUCGUAGACCAAGCCCAAGACGAUCCAGUCCACACCGUUCUAGAUCCAGUCCAAGGCGCACCAGUCCCAGGCGCUCCAGCCCACACAGAUCAAGACCUAGCCCAAAGCGGUCUAGCCCUCACAGGUCCAGACCUAGGCGUUUGAGCCCCCACAAAUCCAAACCAAGCCCAAAGCAUUUAAGUCCUCACAGGCCCAGUCCACGCAAGUCCAGUCCAAAGCGCAAACUACAGAAAGAGUUACCUGCUAAGAAUUCCAAAUUGAAGCCUGCACCUGGUCAAUUGACAGAUCUAAAGCCUGCAAAUCAGAAGGUUAAAAAGCGACUUCCACCCACCAAGAAGCCUGGUACUGAGGAUAAAACCACUACAGGUGGAGCUGCUGCUGUCAAAGUGGAAAAACCUACUCCUCAGCAUGAUGCAAAUGCACAGCUGAUGCAGGAAAUGAAGAGGAGUGGGCGUGUGGUUCACAUCACUGACCUACCACAUGAUGGUUAUACUGAGGAAGACAUCACAAAACUAACACAGCCAUUUGGAAAAGUUGCAGCCAUUAAGCUAGUACGAACCAAAAAUGAGGCUUUCCUGGAAAUGGCCUAUAAAGAAGCUGCAGUGGCACUUGUGGAGUUUUACAGCAUCACACCAGUAGAGAUCAAUCACCGACAGGUUACCAUGGUAUUACUGGGACGGAAGAAGGAAAUGCACAAGCAGCCAGUAAGUCCCAAGGAUCAGAAAGAGCAGCUACAGAGCCAAGUCUUCGCCCCUGUACAGAAGGAAAUAAGUGCUCCACUCACCAGUGGUGGUGCUCAGUGUGCUUCAGAAACUAAUCCUCCUUCAGCCGAUGCAAAGAUUACGGAGAGUGAAGAUACUACACUGGAGAAGGGAGAAUCUGAGAAUGUUGGUUUGAAUGUAAAUGGCCGAGUUAUUCGAAUUAACAACCUUCCAGCUAGAGGUUACAAAGAGGAUGACCUGAAAAGGCUGGCAAAGCCCUUUGGACAAGUAUUGAAUGUGGUUAUCACAUUUUCUAGAAAUCAGGCAUACCUGGAAAUGGCCUGUGCAAAAGCAGCAGCAAAAAUGGUGGAAUUUUACAGCCUUUCCACAAUCAAGUUAAAAGGAAAUGCAAUUAGUAUGCAAGUACUACAUCAGUACGUGGAUCUGAGUGAUAUGGAGCUAAUAUUUAAGGAUAUGAUUGAAGAAUCUGGAUUUAAACCAGAUGCUGGAUGUACUAUAUAUGACCAUCUUGUUCACAUCAGCAAUCUACCUGAAGAUGGUUAUACAGAAGUUGACAUUUUGUGUGUUGCUUUUCGAUUUGGAAGGGUAAAAGAUUCCAUGUUUCUGAAACCACACAACAAGGUCCUUCUACAGCUAGAGAGUGGGAAUGCAGCCACAUCCAUGUGCAACUUUUUCCGAGAAAUUCCUCAUGACUUCCAUGGAAAAACUCUGGAAUUCUCUCUGUCUCCUAAGGCAGGAAUGCAGUUGUUGAAUGAAGAAAAGACAGAAAAUGUUGAGGGGAGCUGUGAUAACACCACGGUGCCUGAACCAAUGGAGACAGAAACAUCUGGAUCUGCAGACUCUAAGGACAUUGAAAUGAAUGAAGUGAAUGAUGAGAAAGCUGAGAAGACUCUAAGUGAUCAAACCACAUCGGCUUCAGCAAACCUGACUCAAGGGGUGACACGUACUACAGAGAUAAUGACAAGUACAGUAACAGUGACAACUGCACAGAACCUUGUCACUGCAACAGUCAGUGAAUCAACUGCUGCUCUUAAACCUUCUGUGAUUACUGCAAAUGUGGCAAGUACACCACUUACCACUAAAUCACCAAGCCCUGGUGCUAGUGAGAUGCCUGCAGAUGCACCCAUGAAGCCCAUGGCCUCAAAUUCAACUGGUGCUAAACCAAGUCUGGCCAGCAGAAAUGCACCUUCCAAACCUGCUACUCCCAGUACAACUGCUAAACCACCUUGUAAACCUGCAGCUGCUGCAAGCACUGCUAUCAAGCCUGCAGUGCCUUCUGUGAAUGCAGCUGUCAAACCAGUACCAACUACUUCUGGUGCAACCCCUGUGAAUGUGGCAACUAAGCCAGUCACUUCCAGUUUGGCUACCAAACUGGACCAGACUGUAUCCAGUGCAGUGACAAAACCUUCUCAAGCCACAGACAGUGUGACUGCCAAGUCUACUGCAGCUGGGGUGAACGUUACCUCUAAACCUGCACCAACUCCUACCAACAAACCAGGCCAAUUGUCUGCGCAAACAGCCUCUAAACCCAUGCCAGUUACUAGUAGUACCACCCCUAAGGCCACUGUUACUAAUGCUUCUGCCACUGUAGUAACAAAACCAGCAUCAACCCCCAGUGAUGUAGCAAGUAGCCCUGGCAACGUGUGUGGAACAACUCCAACCGUGGUACCCAUUGCCAAUUCACCAGAUGUACAGACAGCUGCAAACCCUCCUGCGGGCACACCUGUUAGUGAGGCCACUGCUUCUCCAACAACAGAAAGAGCCGGCACUCCAGCUGCCUCAUCACCACCUAAAACCACAGGUCCAUCCCCCACUGCUACCAAAUCUGCACCCCCAAAGUCUGUAGUCGCAAAACCAGGAAACAAAGAUAUCAGUGCCUCAAAAUUUAAUGGGAAGAAAGUUCCUCCUCCUAAAAAGGAGCCUAGCAAAUCCAGUACACCAGCUCGAGGUCGAAGUACCUCCAGAGACCGUUCGAGCAGAGAAGGAAGUGGCAGGAGCACCUCAUCACAUCAGCGGGAGAAAGAUUCCAGGGCAGAUCGCAGGCAUAUCUCCCAGCAUCCACGGGACAAGGAUCAUAAAUCAUCUGCCAGGAGCAAGACUACUUCUGAGAGAAGCAUUAAGGAUCGCAGGACUAGCAGCAAAAUUCCAAAGAAAGAAGCGGAAAAGGAUGUCUUUCCCUUUAACUUGGAUGAAUUUGUAACUGUGGAUGAAGUGGGUGAAGAUGAAGUGGGUGAAGAGGAAGGCACUUCUGGAAAUCAGAUUCCUGAAGAUAAAUCUAAAACCAACGUCCUACCUUCAGAAAGAGCUGAAACAGAGGCAGCUUUGGACGUCAGGGAACAGGAACCGAUUCCAGCAGGUGAUGCAUCAACAAAUGUGAUGGAGAAGACAGAGCUGAAAUCGAAACCUACAGCCCAGCCCGAGCCCGAGCCCCAGGCCAAGACCCCUCCCCAAGUCAAGGCCGAGCCCCAGGCCAAGGCCCCUCCCCAAGCCAAGGCUGAGCCCCAGGCCAAGGCCCCUCCCCAAGUCAAGGCUGAGCCCCAGGCCAAGGCCCCUCCCCAAGCCAAGGCUGAGCCCCAGGCCAAGGCCCCUCCCCAAGCUGAACCUGAAAACCAACUUCAGACCGAGACAACUGUAAAAGAAGAGCCUACGGAGACAGACUCGGAGAAAGCCCAGGCACAGCCACCUGAUACCCCUGCAACAGCACCCAGCAAAGUCCUUCCUGUUCCAGAAUCAAAACCAGAAGCUGCCGGUCCCACUGCUGGCAAGAAGGAAGCAGCACCUUCAUUGGGUGGGGACGGUGAACCUUCCACCAAAACAACUGGACAACCCAGCAGUCUAACCCCAACCCCUGCAUCAUCUGUUAGCUCUGGAGGAGACAGCACCAAGUCUACAAGGCUGGAGCAGCGAGCAGAUGCUAAAUUGAGAAGAGAGCCAAAUUCUGAGGUGGAACCAGAAGCAAAGCGGACAAAGUUCACUGGGGCCACCAUUGCUGAAUUAAAAAUGCCACCUUAUAAGCCCAACAACCCUAUUGGUGUUGAGUUUAUUGUUCCAAAGACUGGAUACUUCUGUCAGAUUUGUUCUUUGUUCUACACAAAUGAAGACACGGCCAAGGUGACUCACUGUGGCACUGUGUUACACUACAAGAAUAUGGAGAAAUAUGUGACACAGCGACAAGAGGAGCUCCGAAAACAGCAAGAACGCAUGGCCAAGCAGGAGAAGUGAUAAACCACACCUGCCCAGCACUUCAGUCAAAGUAUAUUUUGGGUCCAAGUGUUCCCUUUCUCUUCUUUUACUGGUUUAACUAGAUGGUUACAACAUUGUACAAAUGAUCUUUCCACAGCUGUAACGAUUAUGGAAACUGUUGUUUUUUGGUUAGUAUUGUUGUCUUGUGUUUUUACAUAAAUUGUUGUAACAAUUGGCAAUUCUGUUAUAAUUCAAUUAAACACAAUUAUGUUCUA